AACAGCUGUUCUGUUUUUCCAUUGUCGCUGUCCGAUUAAAUUAUACAAUUGUUGGCGUUUUCCAACGUCCACAUCGCAAAGUUCGAAAACAAACGGUCCAAAAUGGUAGCUGGUGGUGCCUCGGAAACGGGCGGCGUGAAGCCGAUGGUAAUUGCGGGCCGCAUGGUGCGGGAGCGUGAGCGCCUGAUCGGCAUGUCGCCGGAGGAGCGCGCCUGGCGCAAACAGUGGCUGAAGGACCAGGAGCUGCACCAUGGACCCCGCAAGGUGCCCGCCCUGGAGCUGGAGCUGAACAACCCCAUCAAGCGCUUCUACCGCGCUCCCCUCGACAAGGUCUGCAAUGUUUUGGAACCCGUCCUGGGCUUUCAGCGCGCGUACACCGUGCGCUUCUGGACCGGAAAGGCUCUGCUCGCCCUAACCGGAAUCUACGCCGGCGCCUACUACUUCAAGUACAACCAGAAUGACUGGACCCGGAAGGGCGGCUGGCGUGUGAUUCACUCGCGCAAGCAGUGCGUGCCCGGAGAUGAGGGCUAUCCCAAGGUCUCCGAUCGAUCGGCGCCUUCCGAUUACGCGGCUCGCGGAUUCAACGAGUCGCCGCUGAAAGCUUGAAGAGAUGAUCGUCCCCGAGCUGGCUUAGUGAUUUUGCUUAAGUUUGAAACGUAAAAUUAAUAAUAUCAAAACAAAAAUCGCAAUAAAUAUGGAAACGAAAACACAAAGCUGGAGAUUGAGAGUGGAUUGUGGUUUUGCCAUGGCCCCGCUGCUGAAGUUGAGGUUUUUCUGCUGCGCUUGGCGGAUAUUCAUUUCUGGCUGUGUUACACUGCCGAAAUGCAAACUUAGCACUUUGCCGGUGUGCUCAAUUCGCUGGAAAUUGUUAAUUAUCGGCAGCUUUCUUUUAUUUGGUUUUUCGAGCUUGUGAAGAAACCAGGCUGCGGUCGAAGCUCUAAGAAAAUGAAAUUUUCUAAUCAGGUGUGUCAAGUGGCAUUUAAUCACAUUUG